CACUUGGAUGCAAUGAUCGCAAUGUUAUUCAUAGAGGCAAUCAUAACAUCCAACACUUGUCUCUCUCAUCAUUUAAAUGACUAUUUCAUUGAAACGAGUCAUCAAAUGAUUGGCUUAUUAUGAAAGUAAUGUUUAGUGCCUUUAAUUUGAUUGUCAUUUAAUCGUCAAACGUAUGACAUGUAAACAGAUGUCAUAAAUGUGUAGACAAUCAGUGAUUUGCGAGAAAUUUAUUUUUCACGUGAAAUGCAAAAUAAGUUAACUUUAAUUGAGUCCAAAAAUAGUGAUAAUUUGGAAUCUGUGGCGAGGAUGAAGUGUCUUCGCACGGAAGAGGCGGCCCAACAGCCAUAUGAAGAGGUGUCCGCUCGGCUCCAGUCAGACCUGAGGAAUGGCUUGCAUUGGGAUGAAGUGGACAAUCGGCACAAAGUUUAUGGUUAUAACGAACUCGAGGUUAAGGCAGAGGAACCGCUGUGGAGGAAAUAUAUCGAUCAGUUCAAAAACCCGUUAAUUAUAUUACUUCUGGCCUCAGCUCUGGUCAGCGUUUGUAUGCAA